UUCACAACAGGAUUUCCGACGCAGUUGAACUCCAGUGGAAAAUAUAUAAACUUAAAACGAAUCUUAAAGAGACAGUUUUCGUCAAGAUAGUUUGAAGACUAUGCUCCGGGUAGAACGAUGACUGGAGUAAAGAUCCCAGCUCCAGUUCCUGCUCCUAGGAGGAGUAGGAGUAGUGAUCCAAUGGAUAACUCAACACCUUCCGCCCCAGAGCGGCGGAAGAAAAAGGCUGCUCCGCCCCCGCCGGUUUCAGGAGGCGGAUCUAACCCUAGACAAAGGGAUGAUAAAAGACCCCAGAAGAACUCCACCAUGAUAUCCUCUACAACCUCCUUGCUCAGGGUUGAGGAUAUAUCCCCAGUGAGGCCGGCCUCUUCCCUCUCAAACCUCUCAUUGUCCAGCACCUCGACCUCCAACCUCAAUAGACCAUCCUCAUCGAUGUCCAACCUCUCUUUCAGGAGCAACAAGAAACGUAAAGCACCCCCACCACCCCUUGCCAUUAUCUCCCCUAUCAAGGAGGAGAAAACUCCCAUCCACGCCCCUCAAUCUCCCAACCAAGACCAACCCCCUCCUUCUCCGGACCCAGCAAUCUUAAACCCCCCAAGAUAUUCAGAAAUAUAUAACGAUGAAAAAGAAGAAGAAGAGAAGGAGGAAAGAAAGAAGAAGAAAAAGGAAAAAAGGGAAGAAAAGGAGAAGAAUAAGGAAAAGGAGAAAGAUGAGGAGAAGAAUAAGGAAAAGGAGAAAGAUGAGGAGAAGAAUAAGGAAAAGGAGAAAGAUGAGGAGAAGAAUAAGGAAAAGGAGAAAAAUGAGGAGAAGAAUAAGGAAAAGGUUUCGGAUAGGAUUGAUAGUAAAGAGGACCGUGAAUAUACGCGGGAGGUGGAGGAUGAUGAAAUUAUAGAAAUAAUUAUUGAAAAUGAAUCAAGUAAAAUAUUUGUGAAGAACGAGGAUAUUUAUUCAACAGUAAACAAAAGAAGGAAAGAUAAGAACGAGACGGGAGUCGAUAAAAGUGAAGUUAAUCCCGCGGGUUUAACAAAUAAUACAAUAAUUCAACAUUCCGGCAAGAUGAUCGUUGAAUCCUCAAUUGAGAUUUCUAAUAUUACUAAAACAUCGGAAUCUUUGGAACGAAAGAAAAAGAAAAAGAAGGACAAAGAAAAGAAGGAAGACGAUGACUCCAAACCUAAAAAGAAGAAGAUAAGUAUGAGUAAGGAGCGUAGAGAGGAUGAAGAGGACGGAGCAAAGCUGAACCUGGAGGAAAUACCAAACUUCAGAAUGAUCCGAGCUGCAGAUGUUCAUCAGGUUGGGAGUUCAGGAGUAAAGACGGAGAGUAGAGAUGAGAUGGAAAAGGAUUCUGAACCCGAGGAACUAGUUGAAGAUUAUGAACUGUUUGAUAUGGAAGCAGAUCCUGGUAAAUUCAGGGAACGAGAAACUAGUCAGGACAACCUGGAGCAAAAGAAGAAGAAAAAGGAAAAGAAAGAGAAGAAAGAAAAGAAAGCUAAAAAGGAUAGGAAACAAAAGACUGACCGUGAUACGAAGGAAAUCGAAAGUAAAGAGUUGAAAGAAAAUGAACCAAUGUCAGAGGAAAAUGAGAAGUCAAAAUCUGAAAACGAGAUUACCACAAAAACCCAUGGGAACAAACCAGACGACAAGAACGAAAGUUCUGACAAAGAUGACAAAUCCACGGAGUUUAAAAUUUCAGAUCUAGUUCCAACUAUUCAGGAAGGUUCGGAGAAUAUCAGUGAGAGUUUGUAUCUCACUGCAGAGGACGAGUCCGGAGAUGAAAAGGGAAACCAGGACGCAGAGAACAAGGAUUCAAUAGAGGAGGACGCAGAGGACAAGAUUGGUCCGAUGAGAAGGAUGACCGGAAAGGAGAGGGAGGAUGAGGUUAGACAAAAAAUAUCUAUGGAUAUGAGAGCAAGGUCGAAUAGAAGAGCUUCUCAGGGUGGAGACAUUCUCGCAGCUCAGCUUCAAACAGAAACCAUUAGACAACAGUUGAGAAUAAUCUCCGAGGAUUCUCCUCUGGAGAGAAAUGAAACCGUGUGGAGAAGAGAACCUGGAGUUGUUCAUCUUGAAAUAGAUUCAGAAGAUGAUCUUCUUCCAACCAUCAAUAGCUCCAGAUCUAACAGUGUAGUAGAGAUCUCGGAUACAGACGAGUUUAUUACAAUCUCGAACAGACAGGAGCUGGAGAGAAUGGAGCUGGAGCUAAGGACAGAAAGAGGACGGAGAAAUGAGAUAUCACAGGCUCUGGAUGAAUCCUACAACAAGAUUUCAUUAGAGCAUUUAUCUGUUACAGGAACUGAUGAGAGUUCAGAUCAUUCAGAACAUUUUUCUCUGAAGAAUGAGAAUAUUCUCAGUAAUGCAUAUCCUAGUCCUGAUAAUGAAUUGUAUCAUGAAAAGAAUAAAAAAUCUCCUCCAUCUCCUCCUCCUCCUACUCUAGCCUUCACCUAUCCUCUACCAAACCAUAGAUCAGUUUCUGAAACCAUUAAAUCUCCGUCUCCGGAUUCUGGUAUUCAUGAUUUUGCUGAAACCUGUUCUCCUCCGUUAAGCCUGCAGACCAAUGAAGAUUCUAAUACGGAUAUUGAAGAGGAGAAAGAACCUAAACCCCAUAUCUCAGUUCUUCAAACCCGGGACUGGGCGGAGAAUGGGAAAGAAUUAGCUCGUUUGAGGGUUGCGUCACAAGGAAAUGACUCUUUUGCACCGGGUUUCAAAGGUUCUCUCAAGACAAAUGACUCGGAGAGACCUCAGGAGGAAAUCCAAGACGAGGAUAAAGUUGAGAAGGUUGAACUCCCUCGCCAACACGCCUUGGGGAAGGUUCUUUUCUCCAUGUCUAGUUACAGAGAAAGGGAUGAUCCUAAAAUAAAUCACGAUAAACGUCAGAGCUUAAACCUUGAUCUGUUUUCACAGAAACUUAACUCCAGUCUUGCUUCUAAGCAGGAAAGAAACAAAACUAGCGGAUCGAUGGUUGACAUUCGUUUGCACAACUCGCACGCCCAAACCUCUCACAGGGCUUCCAGUGGUUCGCUGUCGGAGCAAAAACAAACUGACCUUAAGGUUAAAGCAAACCACAGUUUCAAUGGUUCCACCAGUACCCUGAGUCACCAAUCUUUCUCUGCACCGAAACAACAGGUUCCCGAGGAGAAGCCAAUUAUCUCCGAGGUGGGAGACGGAGAGGAAGGACGAGGAGUAAUUAAACAAUCUGUACAAGUGCAAUCUAACCCUAGAUAUUUAGCUCCGGACCUAGGUUUAGAUUCAAAGGAUAAGUUCAAGUCACGAAUAAUUGAGGAAUUUGAGGCGCGGAUCCGAGGUUUGCAGCUGGAGAAGGGGGAGGGGAACUACGGACCGGGGGAAAUUACGCGCUCUCAGUACGCGCGUCAGUCCAUUCAGUCAGAUUCAACCCAUCAGAAUGCGUACAGUGCAGUUAAUAGUGGAGCCAGUUAUAGUUUAGACAGAAAGGGCAUAAUGGGUGGAGUAAAGGAUAGAUCCAGGGAGGGGAUGGGAUACUCCUUGGAUAGAGUUCACAGAAAGCAGGACAGAAAUUCAUUUAGUGUUUUUGUAUCCGACCGUAGAGCCUUGGAGGAGAACCAUUAUGACAGCCCUAGAAGUUUAUUGAGCAAAUCUAGUUACACGGAGGCCAUCAGAUCUAGUCAAACCCUGCAAGAUGUAAAAUCUUAUUCCAGUCCUGAUGAGGAUAGGACGGGUUCUGGGAUUAAAUCUCCUGUUCGAAAGCAGUAUAGUGGUCCUCCCAGUAUAUCAAUGGGAGUUUGGGGAGAACAUUCUAGAGGUUCGGUCAUUAAGAUUAAGGACGAUAGAGAUAUUAAACAAACCCAACCUAUAGAGAUCAAAUUAAAUUCUGGAGGAGCGGAAACUGAUCCUAAGCAAGCUCAGCAAAGUAAACCAAUUCUUAGCUCCAAGAUACAAAUAAAUCCUUCAGUCAUCCAGAACAAGAUUCCUGGGAAUUCUUGGCAAAACCAUAGUACGGAUCAAACCUUGCCCCGGUUCCGACAAAAACCAGAAUUGGCCGCAAAACCUAUUGAAAUAAGAUAUAAGGACAGAACUGGAGUGAGUAAGGAGAUAAUUCAGGAUCCCAAGAUUUCAGUCAUAUCCGCUAGUCGGAGAAAAUCCGGAGCAAUCGUAGAAUCCGUCCAGCCCCAAACUUCAGAUCGGAGAUGGAGGGAUGAACUCGUCCGAGAUAUUGACUCCAUGGAGAAGAAAAACCUGGAAAGAAAGAUUUCCGACUCCAAGAUGUCGGAGAAGGUUGAUUGGGAUGAUGUAGUUCUGCGGAGGAGUAAGGACUCCUCCUCUAGUGGGGAUGAAAAGGGAUUUAUCUCUCAUAACAACUUAGUGCAGAAGAGACGCUCUCAGAUAGAAGGAGACAGGGUUAAACAUGAACCUGCUCCCUGGGAGAGAAAACUUUCACACAACUCAAACAAGAUAAAAGACCAAGUUCAGAUAUCCUCCUCCUCCAGUGGUAAGGAGAUACUGGAGAUAAACCGUGAACCUGCUCCUGCUCCUCCUCCUCUGCCAACUAACAGAUUCUACUUCGGGAUGAACGGAGCCAGAGAAACUGAUACUUAUCCUUCCCUUCCCACUGCAGUAGGAAAAGUCAAGGAAAAUCAAACCCUUGCUCAACCUUUCAGAAAACCAAGAGAGUUGAUCGUUAAAGAUGAGAAGUUUUCUCGUCCUCGUCUCUCCACUGCAACGUUCACCCCUCCAGAGAACAACAACAAUCCCAGUCUACUGAAUGGGAACCUGGAGAGGAAACCUUCCUCGGUCGUCCCACCUAAAGAACUCCCCCAAGAGGAAAUAAACAGGGCAUUUACCGCUGAACUGAUGAAAGCAAAACAAAAACUAAAAUCCUCCGGCCGAGGAUAUAUCCAGGACGAGGUUCAGGUUGAUGGAGUUCUCCCUCCUCCUCCUCCUCCUCCACCAAUCCUUCCUGGAAUAAAUAGGAAAUUUUCUUCCUCUCCUUCUCCUCCCCCUCCUCCUCCACCUGCUCUGUUCCAGUUGAAGAAAUCAAGCCGUGUUCUUCCUCCUCCAAACCUGGAUCCACGAGAUGACCUGCUCGCUGCUAUACGCAGAGCAGGAGGAGUUGCAGGACUCAAGAAAACAAGAACAUAAAUUUUUAUCAUAACAAAUUAUGGACAUCAACACAGGAGAACAUAUACCAAACCUUGACUUGAACUUAAAUCUUCCAAACUAUAAAGUCCUGAAUCUACACAAAGCCCAAACUCAACUUAAAAAGUGAAAGUUUUGGAUCAAUAAAAAACUAAUGAAUACAGUAAUAGCACCUCGCUCGCAAAAUUUAACAAAGAAAGACAUUAGAAACAUUUUAUCAUCAUUUGUAAAUACUCAUAAAUAUCCCCCCCCCACCUCUCCUGAUGAUAUCAUAGCAAUAGUUUUUAAAAUAAGUUUCAAACAAAUACUCGUAUAUCUAUCUAUCAAAAUAUGUUCAUAUUUUAAAUACUGUUCUAAACCUCAUCCGCUAAAAUUUAACAUAUAAACACAGCUUUUAAACUUAGAUUUAUGGCUUUCAAAAUCUUCCAAUUUGAUAAAUUUGGUCACUAUUAUAUAUUAUAUCAUAUUGUUAAAAUAAACUAAGAGUUCUUAGUUGCCAUUUUACAGUCUUUUUUGUACUGUGUUAAAACAUUUCUAAGUCAGAAUUGUGAUUUUAUAAUGUAUUUAGAUUAGUUUAUAGGUUUCAUAUUGUUAUCUUUAGAAUUUGAUUAUGAUUAAAUAAAUUCAAUUUACAGUC